AUGGAAGCCAUUACUAAACAUGCCGAUGCCAUUAUCCAAUCAACCCUUGGCCCACAAUGGAAUUUAGGUUUAUUAAUCUCCAAAGCUUUAGGUUAUGGUAUUAUUACAGGUUCACUUUUAUUAAAAGUUCCACAAAUUUUAAAAGUUAUGUCAAGCAAAUCUGCUGAAUCACUCUCUGCCUCAUCAAUUGCUAUGGAAAAUAUCGGUUUCACUAUUUCACUCCUUGCCGGUUAUUUAUUAAACACCCCAUUUUCAACAUAUGGUGAAAGUGCUUUCAUUUUAAUCCAAAAUAUUAUUCUUUUAGUUUUAAUCUUAAAAUUAACUGGUAAAUUAGGUGCCACCUUCGUAUUAGGUUCAGUUGGAUAUCUUGGUUUCAUUGUUGGUGUCAUGAAAUUUGCAAGUCCAAAAGAACUUAAUUUAUUAUUAGUAACUAUAGAACAACAUCAAUAUAAUAAAAUCCCACAAAUCGUCACCCUUCUUAAAAACAAGAGUGUUGGCCAACUUUCAUUCAUUACUGUUUUCUUAAAUUUCGCUGGUAGUUUAGCUCGUGUUUUCACUACCCUUAAAGAAGUCAACAAUCCAACCAUUUUAGCUAGUUAUUUAAUCGGUUCAUUCUUAAACGGUGUUGUUUUAACCCUCUUCUUCUUAUACUGGAACAAAAAAGUCCCAGCAAGACAACAAGUCAAACAAAAAGCAAAUUAA